UAUGUUUCGUUUUGUUUUUUGUUGUAAUUUAUUGCAGUUGUAUUUUUAGACGGUAAAUUUGCGCUGUACAUUCUUCCAACACAAUUGAGUCAUGUAUGUUUCGUUUUGUUUCUUUGUUGUGAUUUAUUGCAGUUGUAUUUUUAGACCGUAAAUUUGCGCUGUACAUUCUUCCAACACAAUUGAGUCAUGUAUGUUUCGUUUUGUUUCUUUGUUGUGAUUUAUUGCAGUUGUAUUUUUAGACGGUAAAUUUGCGCUGUACAUUCUUCCAACACAAUUGAGGUUAUAUUUAGAUCUUCAUUUGCCUUACCUAAGCCAUAUAAUUGAAUUCACAACAGCCAUUUGUUCGCGUUAAACGACGUGAAUUGCUCAACCGUCACAAAAUGUUUCACGUAAAAAUUACAGUACCCGAAGUAUUUGCAUAAAUUGUUUUGGAUCAUGUUAGUCCUACCCACGUACUCCGAAAAUUAAUAUGAUUUAAAAACUUUCUUCUUGAACCAGCAGCGUUUAAAGAAUUUUUCUACUAAGAAGAAAAAGAAAGAGAAGAGCCCAUCCACGGCUCUUUUCAAAUCUUCUUCAAUCUUUUGGAUGAAUGAUAUUUUGUUUAUGUUUCUUUGUGUUGUAUUAAUCGCUCGUAAUUCAUGGCAUAAAACUCGACAAAUGACUGACUGUAAUCGCUGUUUAUGUCUCGUUAAUGACUUGUUUCUUACAAAAUUUACCAUAACUAAUAUCGUUGUCGAUCGUCUGCGAACUUACCCUCGAUUUUCCUUUCAAAACUUUAAACGUAAACACAAAAAUUCGUUAUGUUAGAUAUUUCGACUGUACAGUCAGAGUUGUGAAUAUGCGUUUAAGAGAACACUGGUCCAUAUUACAUUUGGUUUGAUUUGUUUGUAAUAUUCAUAAGAAAUGCAAGGAACUGACCAAUUUGAAGUACUGACAUUUCUUGGUGCUUGGGAAGGCAAGAAGUUCUUCGAGGUGCGAUGUAAGAGAUCUCUGGAGUUAUUUACGAUGGAAGUCAUUUCAAAGGAUUCCUUGGACAAUAAGACAUCUGGAUUGCGUAAUGUUGCAGAACAUGUGGAAAACCGAGGUUUCUUCUUCAUCAUGCGUUUGCGAUACGUGUUUGAAACAUGCGAGAAGAGGCAUUAUAUCCUUGAUCAUGCUGGUGACAUAUUACUAAAGGAUCUUGUUAACGAUGGUCUGCCGGAGCAUACGGUGAUAUGUAUUGCUGCCGAGCUAUCUCUUGCUUUGAUGAUGCUACACGAGCUUGGCGUAAGCUACAAUGAAUUAGAUCUUGAUCAUGUGAUGGUAGACAGCAGCGGUCACGUGAUAUUAUGGCGAGAGUUCGAAAACAAAGAGUACUGGUCUAUCAGUGAAUGUAUAUGUGGUGGGCUGGCAGUAAGAUGCGGGAAGACUGGUCAUCAGGUGAAGAGACGUGGUUCGAAUUCGGGACAGUUGAAGCGUGAUGAAAUCUUGCAGAAAUAUGACUGGAAGAGUUUGGGCUCGCUUCUCGUUCAGCUAUUGAUUGGUCGGACAGAAAUUCAGAGUCAAGCAAGGUUUGUUUUUGUACGAAAGAUACCUUGAUUUUAUAAAUAUAUUGAUAUCAUUCGGUAAAUUUCAAAGUAGAUAUUUUCUCCAUACGUUUUUUAAAAUGAGAUAUU